AUGGCAACCCAAUACGAAGUCGAGCACAAUGUGCAAUUCUCCGAGCCCCGUCGCGGCCGCCGCGUCGACAUGGCCUCCUUCUUCUCGCUCCUCAACCGCGUCGCCGAAACGCCCGCCGGCGCCGCCACCCCUGCCCACAACCCGCACGCCACGCCCACGCCCGCCGACACGGCCGACCUUUUCCGCAUGCUGCAGGACCAGCUCCUCACGCUGCACACCACUGCGCCCACCGCCGACAACCGGUCCUUUCUCGAGCAGCUGAUAUCGACGCUCGACGGCGAAAUUCAGGACCCACCGACGUCGCUCAAAGGCGUGUCGCAAGAGUUUGUGGAUAGUCUGGACCGCGUGAGCCGCAAGACGCUCGAUCAAGAGGACGAUUGCGCCAUUUGCAAGAUUCCGUACCUGGAGGACGAGUGGUGUCUGGUGGUGGAGCUUCCCUGCAAAGGGCGGCAUCAGUUUGAUUUAGAGUGCGUAGGGCCCUGGCUGCGCAGCGUGGGGACGUGCCCGAUGUGUAGAGAGGAAAUGAUUAAGAAGAAGGAGGUGCCAGUUGUGGAAGAAGAUGACGAGGAGGAUGGCGAUAUGAUGUAUGCAUGA